CGCGCCACUAGCCCUCCCGGGCCUGGGCCUCUAGCCCACGCGCCGCAGCCUAGCUCCAGGCGCGACCGAGAACUAAGUCCCGCACUCGGCUUCCGGCUUAGAAGGCGGGGACUCCGCCGGAAAAGGCGGUGCGAACAGCCGUUCUUGCUGCCGCUCCCCUUGUCAGUUCUAGCCAAUCCGACCAACGAUGGAAAAUAGCAGCCAAUCCUAGCGCGCGCGGCUGACGUCAGCCAAUGAAAGCUCCGGACGACGCGCGGCAUUUUGGAGUCCUGGCGGGCGGCGACAACGAGGCGAUGGCGGGCCGGCGCGGGGCGCUCAUCCCUGCCGAGCUGCUACGCUUCCCGGAAAGAUCAACUGAAAUUGGCAAACUUCUGAGUUCUUAUUUGGAAAAGAAGAGUGAGGUGGAGGAUCACUCAGUGCACCUACUUUUCUCUGCAAACCGCUGGGAACAAGUGCCAUUGAUUAAGGAAAGGUUGAGCCAGGGCAUCACCCUCAUCGUGGACAGAUAUGCGUUUUCUGGUGUUGCCUUUACCAAUGCCAAGGAGAACUUCUCUCUGCAUUGGUGCAAGCAGCCAGACGUGGGCCUUCCCAAACCAGACCUGGUCGUGUUUCUUCAGCUGAGGUUGGCAGAGGUUGUGGAGCGGGGCGGGUUCGGCCAAGAACGCUAUGAGGAUGGGGCCUUCCAGGAGCGGGUACUGCAGUGCUACCACCAGCUCAUGGAGGACAGGACCCUAAACUGGAAGGUGGUUGAUGCUUCCAAAAGCAUUGAAGAUGUCCACAAGGAGAUCCGCACGCUCUCUGAGGAUAUCAUCCAGGCCGCAGCGCAGAGGCCGCUGGGGAAGCUGUGGACAUAAAUGUGGAGGGACUGUCCCCUUCCCUGGGUCCUGCGAGGCCAGAGCCUUAUGAAAGGCUUGAUGUGCCGAGUGUUCACAUUGCACAACGUGGGGGCUGUGCACAAGUCAACAACAAGCAGAGCUACGAUGAGCCUCUCGAGAGGCCUGGGCACAGGGACUUCGUGGUAUGUCACUCAGCCUUCCUCUGCCCUCUUUCACCCUGAGGAUGUUGAUAAAUCAUUGCGCCUUUUAUUGAAAUUUAAUGAUAACCAUAUCCAAGCAGGUUCAAGAUAAUUGAUGUGGCAAUCAGUUUAAAAUCUGAAUUUCUUAGAGGCAUGAAUAAAAGUUACUUUGAAAGUA